UCCUGGGGCCCCUCCGCGGAACAGGACUGUACAAAUGGCAUGUGAAAUGGAACGCGGGGCGGUUUGGCCUGAGUGAGAGACUGACCUGGGGCCAGUGUUCCCAGCCCUAGAAGCAAAGGACAGGAGACCCUACUGCUAGGUUGUUGAGGAGGGAAGUCUCAACCCGGGAUGGAGCCUAGCGGCCCCUGUUUGUUUUCUUGCCUUCUGGCCCUGCCCACUUCCGCCGAAGCCCUGCCCCACCUACCCCAGAGGCAAGCGGAGGGGAAGGGUUGGUGGGGUCAACUGAGGUUAUGGGGGUGGCGGGUGAGGGAUCGAUGGGGUUAUCUCAGAAGCUGAAACUACCUCUGCUGAUGCUUGGUUAGAGACCAGGCCUCUUCCCGUGAGCCACACCGAGGGAGAUCUCUGCAGGCAGCAGAUUCCUCAAAAGUCUUAAAACUAAGAUCAACGCGUAAGAUUUCUUUCCAGAUGUCAUAGCUUGAGAUGUUAAAAGGGAUGUAUUUUCUUUAUCAUUACUAGUGAAGGGAGAAACAACACAAUUUGGCCCCAGAAUUUUGAGAAAUGUCUACAGACAGUAGAUGAAUGGGAUUCCUGAGGGCCCUUGCCAGGACCCAACCCCAUUUGUGAGGACCUUGGCAGAUGUGUCCCCCCACGGCGUCAGUUCCACUGAUGCUGCCUGCGACCCUUGUCCCCAGGAUGGCAUCAGGCAGGGCCCGCUGCACCCGAAAGCUGCGGAACUGGGUUGUAGAGCAAGUGGAGAGCGGGCAGUUUCCUGGGGUGUGCUGGGAGGAUGCCGCCAAAACAAUGUUCCGGAUCCCCUGGAAGCACGCGGGCAAGCAGGACUUCCGGGAGGACCAGGAUGCUGCCUUCUUCAAGGCAUGGGCGAUGUUUAAGGGGAAGUACAAGGAAGGAGACACAGAAGGCCCUGCCAUCUGGAAGACACGUCUACGCUGUGCCCUCAAUAAGAGUUCUGAAUUUGAGGAGGUUCCUGAGAGCAGCCAUAGAGACGGUGCUGAGCCCUACAAGGUGUACCGGCUACUGCCGCCAUCAGGGACCUGUCCUGCCCAGCCAGGGACCCAGAAGUCACCAUCAAAGCGAUGUCACAGUUCUGUGUCCUCUGAGAAGGAGGAGGAGGAGGGCACCACAAAGAACUGCAUGCUCAGUCCCUCCUGGCUUGAGGACCCCCUCAGAAAUGAGGAGGUGGGGGCCAAUGGGGGAACAGGCCAUUCAAACUUUGGGAGCAGCAGCAGCAGCAGCAACAGCCCUGAGCCUCAGGAAGGUGCGGACAAAACUGAAGGCGCCCCUUUCCAAGGAGAUCAGGUGUCAUUGGAGUUUCUGCCUCCUCCAGACUCAGACUACUCUCUGCUGCUCACCUUCAUCUAUGGCGGGCGUGUGGUGGGAGAAGCCCAGGUGCAGAGCCUGGACUGCCGCCUGGUGGCUGAGCCCUCAGGGUCCCAGUGCGGAAUGGAGCAGGUGGUCUUUCCCAAGCCUGACCCAAGGGAGCCUACCCAGCGCCUGCUGAGCCAGAUUGAGAGGGGCGUCCUGGUCGCCAGCAAUUCCCGGGGCCUCUUCGUGCAGCGCCUCUGCCCUAUCCCUGUCUCCUGGAACGCGCCCCAGGCACCUCCCGGUCCAGGCCCACAUCUGCUGCCCAGCAAUGAGUGCGUGGAGCUCUUCCGAACCACCUACUUCUGCAGAGACUUGGUCAGGUACUCCCGGGGCCUUGGGCCCCCCCCCAAGUUCCAGGUGACACUGAAUUUCUGGGAGGAGAGCCCCAGCCCCAGCCGUACCCCAAACCCAAAGAGUCUUAUCACAGUGCAGAUGGAGCAGGCCUUUGCCCGACAUUUGCUGGAGGAGACUCCAGAGGAACAGGCAGCCUCUCUGUCCCUGCUGCAGAGGCUGGGGGACCCACUUUCCUCCUUGCCUCUCUCUUCCUCCUAUCUCCUUUGAAAGAGACUCAUUCUCCACACCGUUGACCUGCCUCCCUCGUGCUAAUUCUCAGUGGUUGUCUCUGAUGGAUACGUCCUUGAACUGCCGAUGUACCUGGCUGGUGGAGAACUCAACAGUGAUUUUUAUCCACCCCACCACUUUUUCUUUCUCUCUUUCUUUCUUUUUUUUUUAUUUUUUUUUAUUUUGAGAUACGCCUUCUUUCAUCUCUGAGGAACUAACCUGGAAAAGUCCAAAUGGUGUGAACUCAGGGUACCUUUCCUUUUCCCCCACCCCUAAAGCUAAGCACUUUAUAUUUUCUUCUUAGAUCUUCACUAGGGGGUUUAAAAUAAAACUUUAUUGAAAGAGGAGUCAGUAUCUGCUUUGUUGGGAUGAAAAGGUAGCAGGGGUGACCGGGAAGUGCUAAAGAUGUAAUUUGAGAGUGAGGUACUUGGGUUCUCCUCCUGCUGACCUCUCUGGGCUCCUUUCCUCUUCUCCAACUGAGGUUCUGGCUAGGAAGUUGUCUUUGCUCUGUGGGUUCUGGGCCCAGGGAGAGGAUCAAGGUUAGCCACCAAGAAGAACACAGUCCACAGCGGCUGUUGCCACCAGCUUCACUUGGAAAAAUCUGGGUUCCGCUGAUCUUGGCUAGAGGUCUCUGAUUUGGGGGACUCCAGGCGGGAGGUCUAAAUGAACAGGAGAACUUGAGGUUGCCCUCAAACUAUGUGCUAGGGACCCUGGGGCCUAGGAAGGGAGGGGGAACCAAAGGAGGUGCUAAGGGGAAUCAGAGGGCUGCUGAGCCCCCUCAGUGGAGGGAGACCAGGCCCCGGUGCCUCUUCUUCCAGCACAUGGGGCACUGUCACCCCGACAGAAAGGGACCCCCAACCUGGUUUCCUUGCCCUACCUAAGCCCCACAAAAGACCAUCUGGCCUAGACUGCCACGUCACCAACACUACUGGCUGAGAUCUGAGAGCUCCAAGUCAUUUGACACUCGUCUCCCUUACGCCUGUUUCUUUGCCACCAAACUGAAAGUUCUCCCUUCACAGGCCACUUGUCAUCCUACCUCUCCACUCCCGUCCAGCAGACCAGUUCAGACCUAAGCCGCCAC